AGCAGGAAGCGGCGGAGCGGGCUCACGCUGGGUGGUGGUUACUUCGGAGACAUGGCGGAGAAGUUCGACCACCUAGAGGAGCACCUGGAGAAGUUCGUGGAGAACAUCCGGCAGCUCGGCAUCAUUGUCAGUGACUUCCAGCCCAGCAGCCAGGCCGGGCUCAACCAGAAGCUGAAUUUUAUCGUUACUGGCUUACAGGAUAUUGAUAAGUGCAGGCAGCAGCUUCACGACAUUACUGUGCCUUUAGAAGUGUUUGAAUACAUAGAUCAAGGACGAAACCCCCAACUCUACACCAAAGAGUGCCUGGAGAGGGCUCUGGCCAAAAAUGAACAAGUCAAAGGCAAGAUCGACACAAUGAAGAAAUUUAAAAGUCUGUUGAUUCAAGAACUUUCUAAAGUAUUUCCUGAAGACAUGGCUAAGUAUCGAAGCAUCCGAGGGGAGGACCACCCCCCUUCCUAACUUCGCCGUCCUGCUGCCCGAAGACCCUCCUGGUCUAGUGUGAGUCACCGUGACCUUCAGGCAGGCUGUGACUGACAGUGGUAUCCGUGUCCUGUCCUCCAGCCGUCCUGCUCUUGGCCUUGGCCUUGGGGGAUGGUGGGGCGGGGCCUGGAGGGCUUGCAGGGCUGUGCUCCAGCUGCCCCUCUGUCCCUGACGUGCAUCUUUUGGGUCCACAAGUUCUCACAUGGCCCGGGCCGCACGUCUUCGAGUGCAGUGCGUUUGAUUCUCCCUAGCAGAGUGGUCUUGGGAAUAUUAAAUGUGCUAGGUACAUUAAGUUUUAAAAAAUUCCUAGUGGUUUUGUUUUUAUGUACUGUUUCUUU